AACUACGACCGCAACUAGUCCUUCCUACACUUCAUAAAAUAUUGAUAUUCGGCAGUCCAACAAAGCUCGACUUAUAGUAUUGUACCUUUGCUCUUCUACCUAGGUUAUUUAGUAUUUCGCUAGCUUCAUAGUUUUUUGCGGUUCUUAUCUUAUGUUCCCAUUAUUUAUCCUAUCAUUUGCCUUACCAAACUUCGAGAAGCUCACCUGCCCUGUUGUGUACCUCGUUCCUCCUUCCACACUUCCACAAGCUUUUACACCGAACGAAACCCUAAUCGAGCAAGGGAAAGAGAGGAACCAGCCUCCACACUGUUACAGCCCACUGCUCUCUUCCUUUUUCUUCACUCCUUCCAUUCCUUCAACAUCAUCAAAACAUCGAUCGUCCCCGCGUACGAUUGUUCAUCACUCUCCAAGCAUACAACAUACAUAGCAGAUCCUGUAUUUUAUACUUACAUUUUUACUUCCAUCCUCAUCAACAUUACCUGGAGCCAAUUGGAUUAUAUAUUACCUCUGGUGUUUCGAUCUAAUGCUUUUAUUUGCAUUUUGAACUCUACCUACACUAGAGAAAAAUUCUGGUUCAGAUCGAAUAAGGUCUCUAUAUUUAGACGGGCUUUCCCCUCCAAUCUUUCCUCUGUGUAAUCCAGCCUCACUCUUCGAACAAUUAUAUCGGGAUAGCCGCGCUCAGUUCACAUUCUUGAAACAAAUCUGCUAUUCCAUUCUCAUCAUUUGCGCCGUUCAAAAUUACAUACAUACACAAAAGACCUGUGGUUGGCAUCAGGUAACGCAUCGAUUGCCUUGCCCUGAUCUUUGAUAGAGUCGACAGCAAUCGAACCGACUGUAUAUACAUAGACACAGACCAUAAAUCACAAGUCCAACAACCUCUUUGUCAACUCGAUCCUCGGUCAUCAAAUUUUAGCUAGGACAAUCUAGAAGGUUAGAUUUUCCUUUCAGCCGCACGCCAAUUGACCGUUCUACUCUUCAUCCUCAUAUUCUGGUCAGUGCUUAAGCAACACCAAAAGAAAUUGUACAGAAAGUACUCGAGCUGAGGGCAAUUCGCAGAUGCUUAGGUGAACAGGUGUUACAGUAGCACAAACGUCGGAACCGGAAGAGCACGAUAUCAUUUCACGCAUGUUUCCGAGCAUCUAAUCUGUUCAGAUUCGAGUGAAAUACUUCCAGAUCUUGCAAUGGAGGGCGCGGAAAGUGGCAGUAGGUCAAGGUCAGUUUUUUCUUGAUCUACUGAGACUCGGGACUAUUUUCUAGCUAAUGCUAGUCAACACAACCCAAGCUGACAUUCAUAUAUCAUUAGUGGCAUCCUCUCCAUCAUGAAUCGCGAACAUAUCGAGCGUAUCAAUACGGACACACGAUACAUACAAUCAAACUCAAUGGCUGCACCGACAACUGCCAGCCCCGCGUCCGCUCACUACUCAAAUGGUGCACCAUACUCCGCAGGCUGGCCCGCUUCUUCACACAGCGGCCUGAUAUCUCCCCCAGAGUCGCGGAGGACGUCGAAUGAGAAAGCGCCGCCCCAUCCAUUGCAGACCAACGCUCAUCGACAAUCUUUACCAUCCAUACAGGAAGCUUUAAGUAGUACCUCCGCCAAGCCUGGUCCUUAUGCCUCACCUGUAUCUGCCUCUGCGCCACCCUCGCAUCCGCAGAUUCCUUACUCUCAAACGCAGGUACUGCCGCCACCGCGAACAUAUGAGCAGGGAGCUUUUCAAUCGUCCCAGUCACGGCAUCCCUCUCCGCCGGUGCCUAUUCAACCACCACCUUUCUCGCGCGCAGAUUUGGAUUCAAGAAGCUUCGCCGAGCCAAGGAGACAAUCGUUACUACACCCUUCAAUCUCACAAACUCCGCCUGCCAACUCUUACGCAGCGCCUAGAUAUGAGGCUCCUAGGUAUGAACAGGAGCCAAGAGUCGCAGAACGGUUUGUCGAAAGAUCGAUGAAUGAAUAUGGUCAGCCAUCUCCGUUGCAUAAUCAACACCCUUAUGGGAACGCACCGGCUCAAUCAAUCCAGCCUCCUCAUCCUCCACCACAAGCGCAAGGUUACCCACAGCCACCUUACCCACCACGCGAUGAUAGAGAUCUGGGCGGUCCUGGGUAUAAAAGUUAUAAAAGUCAGAAUGAGCCGUUCAAUCAAGGGUUAAAGCGACAACUUGAAGUGUGGGACGUGGAUAAUAAUUUAGCUCAAGUUUGUCUCCAAUUUUUUAUUUUUCUACCAGGAUUCACUAACUAACUGAUCGAAGAUAAACGUAUCUAGCACUUCUUUACAGGAAUGGUCACGGCAUUUCCACGCAAUUAGCCAAGAACAACCACGCUCUCACAUUGCAAUCCCGGAAAGAUCACCAGACCGCAGGGCCAUUGAGGAGAUGUUAAUUCACGGCAAUCGAGUUGUAUCUUGCCUUCAUCGCAUGUUGGACACCGCCGUACAGCAGCAGCAUGCAGCGGACGAGCAAUCUCGGGGUGCAAGAUUAGCUCCGGAUUACGAUGAUGAGAGCAUUUAUGGCGAUGAUAGACAUCAUCAGAAUUUUGGUGGGCCAGAUAACAAAAAACGUCGAGGGGUACGUAUUUUCUCCAAUUCGUGCUGCACAGAAAUUUCUAACGAUUGAACAGCGUGCUGCGCCACCAGGGAGAUGUCACAGCUGCAACAGAGCGGAGACCCCCGAAUGGAGAAGGGGACCUGAUGGAGCCCGGACGCUCUGCAACGCAUGUGGGUUACAUUAUGCAAAACUUACCCGCAAAAACACGAUGAAGCAGUCACAAGGCUCGACCGGAUCAUCACUUCGACCCAAAUCGUCGGAGGAUCAUUCACCACGGUCAUAACCUAUUCAGCAACGCCUCUAAAGCGAAAGGUACAUUACCGAAGCACAAAUCUAAUGUAUAAAAGUAUUUAGCGUCACAGAGCAUGAAGAUCUCUCGCGAUCGUCAACAUGGAGUUACGGAGACUUUUGAUCGGAGGAUCACGGGAAUAGGAAAAGUCGUAUAAUUACACGUCUUUUAGGGCGUAGAGAACAUAUAUUGGUUUUUGUUCAAGGGUGACGCAUACCAGGGGCAUUUUGGCAUAUUGGUACUCGCGUUUGAAGAAAGGGUUUCACCUCUGCUUCUUUUUCCUUUUUCUUUUUUCUUUCUUUUUUGAGGGUAGCGGGAGCAUUUUGAGAUACUUGCUUCAAGGCGUUGUGGUUUAAUUUUUUUUUAUGGCUACGGCUAUGGGCACAACAAAGAGUUUCGAGACUCUGAUUUGGCAUCUGCAUUCAUAAGAUGGCGUUUUUUUAUAUUCCCAGACUUGCCAGAUGUGGAGUUUUGAGUGGCACUGAAAUGUGCCUAUAACUUGGGUCGUGGGAUCUGGACUUGGGGCAGGAUAUCUCUUUAUACCAUUUUAUACCAUUUUUUAUAUCUACUGUUUAUCUUUCUUAUAAUAUAUGAUUUUGGGCACUUAGGUUUCUGGAAGACGCGCAUAGUUUGAUACUGGGUUCAUUUAGGGAUUCAUUAUACAGGUUACAUUCAUUAUGAUUGAGCUGGGCUUAUGCUGGUGGUGGAGACCAAUUUAAGGAAUGAUACAUAUUACGGUACAUAGGCUGGUUUGGGUUGAAAGCUUGGAGUGAUGAGACCUCAGCAGCACAGAAGAAGAUACAAAAGAAGCAAGCAGACAUGCAUUUCAACAGACGUUGUUUGGGCGGCACAACGUAGAAGUGGCUGUACGUAUAGAAGGGAACGGAAGGACGGGUGAUCUUGCAUCUGAAUCUGAUCUGAUCUAAGACUGAUCCUAAGCUCUCACUUGCUUGUCAGAUGAAUGGACCACGGAUCGUAAAAGAUCUGGGGUGGCGUACAAAUAUUCAAUAAUUGAGAUACAAGGGGAUGGGCUGGGAUAAAUCAGAAGAUAGCAUUGGACAGCGCAAGACAAGACGGCAAUGAAAGGGAAUUAAAAG